AUGGCGGCGAGACCAACAGCGCGUCAUGUUGAAGCCCUCAACAAGCUGAGUUUUGUAGACUUUGUAGGAAAACUCGGAAACAUCGUUGAGAGGUGCCCAGUUGUGGCCGCGGCAGUUUGGUCCGAGAGACCAUUUAGCAGUGCGCAAGGCGUCCACGAAGCGGCCUGUAAGUUUAUUGACGGGCUCCCGACGAACGGUAGAGAAGGCUUACUUCGCUGUCAUCCCGACUUGGCGGGAGCUCUGGCCCGAGAGGGGCGCCUGAGCUCGGAGUCUACCGGGGAACAGCGGACCGCAGGACUGCUGGAUCUAACCACGGAGGAACAGGCCGACAUCUCUCGGCUCAACGCGCGGUACAAGGACAAGUUUGGGUUUCCCUUCGUGCUGUGCGUCCGCCUGAAUAAGAGAGGAGCCGUCCUGAAGGGGCUGAAGACAAGGAUCAACAACUCAAAGGAGGAUGAAAUCCACACUGGCAUAGAGGAGGUGAAAAAGAUCUGCUGGCUGAGACUUGUGGAUAUCUUACAGCGAGAACAAGUGGACACCAUUUCUAAACUUUGA